UGAAGGUACCAGAGGGGAGGGGGAGGACAGCAGGCUUAUUUCUCUGAACGCCGACUGUAAGCCUUUGUCUUUUGUUCCUGGCUGCACAAGAUGAGAACAGUGCUGCUCGUUGUUUUCCUGCUCCCUGUGCUGAUGGUGACGGCACAUCCAGCAACAGGGGGCAGCGAACUUGUGGUUUCUCUGAAAAGUGGCCAAAUCAGAGGAGAAUAUGUGACUGUAAAAGGCACAGAGAGGAGGGUGAAGCGGUACCUGGGGAUUCCCUUCGCCAAGCCGCCUGUAGGGCCCCUCCGGAUGGCGGCCCCUGAGAGCCCGGAGCCCUGGGAGGGGGAGAGAGACGGCACACAGCAGCCCCCCAUGUGCGUCCAGGAUCGAGAAAUAGUCGUAAAUCUUUCCAGAGCCAUGUCUAUGGACUUCACGGUGCCAGAGGUUUCAGAGGACUGUCUGUAUCUAAACGUCUACACUCCAGCUGAAGCCGCGCCAGAAGUUAAGCUGCCGGUGAUGGUGUGGAUCCAUGGAGGAGGUCUGUUUGUGGGUGCUGCCUCCCAGUACGAUGGUUCAUCAUUGACUGCAUAUGAAAACGUUGUGACAGUCAUUAUUCAGUACCGUCUCGGCAUCCUGGGAUUCUUGAGCACUGGAGAUGAACACGCCAAGGGGAACUGGGGUUUGUUGGAUCAGCUGGCUGCUCUCAGGUGGGUGCAGGAAAACAUUGAGGUCUUUGGCGGCGAUCCACAAUCUGUCACAAUUGCUGGGGAGUCUGCAGGAGGCAUCAGCGCAUCCAUACUGACUCUGUCUCCCCUGUCGAAAGGACUUUUCCACAAAGCAAUCUUUCAAAGUGGAGUUGCAACUCUUUCGCCCUAUACUUCUGAUCAGCCUCUUCUUCAGGCCCACAUGGUUGCCAACAUUACUGGAUGCUCCAUCAGCAGCACAGAAGAACUGGUCCGGUGCCUCCGAGGGAAAACUCAAGAUGAAAUCAUUUCAGCAACCAAACAGAACAAAAAUUUUUUCGGAGCCGCAGUGGAUGGUGAAUUCCUUCCCGGCACAGCUGAUGUUCUUCUGCAACGGAAAGAAGUUCUCAACAUCCCAGUGAUGAUGGGAGUCACCAACCAUGAGUUUGGCUGGAUUUUGCCUCUGGCCUUUGGUCCUCCUGGCUGGGAGAAAGGCAUGAACAGGGAGGCGGUGCUUGCGGUGGUCCACAUGUUUAAUCCUAAAGGGGCCGCCUCCACAGCCAACAGUCUCAUCGUGGAUGAGUAUCUGAAAGACGCAAAAACGCCAGAAGACAUCCGAGACGCCUUCACGGAGGUCAUCGGAGACCUGCUGAUGGUGCUGCCCACCAUCAAGGUGGCCGGAUACCACGCAGACGUAGGCGCUCCAGUGUACAUGUAUGAGUUUGUGUACGUUACGGAUCGACCCACACCCAACAGGCCAAGCUUUGUGAAGGCAGACCACGCUGAUGACGUCGGCUUCAUGUACGGAGCAUGUUUCUGGAACGGACACAUCAGAAUUACUGUCAACUGCACCGUUCAGGAUGAGAGGUUUUCCAGGACCAUGAUGUCUUACUGGGCCAGUUUCGCCAGAACUGGCUCUCCUAAUGGUCCUGGUCUGGUGAACUGGCCGCUGUUCGACAAGCAGAAGCAGGAGUACAUGGAGCUGGGUCAGACCCAGACUGUGAAGCAGAAACUGAGGAAGGACAGGGUCCAUUUUAUCACCGUCACCCUCCCUCAGAAGCUGCAGCAGACGGCAGCAGCAGCAGCCGCUAGAGCUGCAAACUGAGCAUCGAGUUGUUUUAUUUUUAGUUCAGGUUUUUAAUAACACUGAUAAUACAGCCAAUGCUGAUCACUGCCUGCAACAUCUAGACUCUUUUUUAGUUUUUUUAUUCAGGCUGCUUUCCAAACUGGAUAUAAAUGAAAUGUUUUCAUUUGUAAUGUAAUUGUUGUUUUGCUCUUAUUUUCCUAUAAAAGCACAAUGCAUGAAUAAAACAUUACAUCUUUA